AUGUUUCUAAAUCUAGGGAAAAUUCAAACACGUUGCUUAUCAUCAUCACAAUCAUGUCUUUCAAAUAUUGGUAAAAAACCAUUGAAGCUACUGGAAGGAAUAUCGUAUUCAUUAGAAUCAAUUCCUGUGGAGUUUUGCAAAUCAUUUACAAAAAGAAACAAGAGAUAUAUAUUAGAUAGGCAAGUAGUCGUCACAGGUCCUUUGGGAACAUUGAGGACUGAAAUACCCAAAUUUGUAAAUAUAACGCAUCCAAAAGAUGAUCAAAGUACCAUUUCUAUAAGGGUAGAAAGACCUAACAAUAAAACUCAACGAUCAGUAUGGGGAACCGUACGUUCAUUAAUUUCAAAUUCAAUAAUAGGGACAAGUGAAGGACAUUUAUCAAUAGUAAAAUUUGUUGGAACAGGUUAUAGAGCCAUCUUGGAAAAAAACGAUAAAGGUGAAGAUGUUGUAGCAUUAAAAAUAGGAUUCCCAUAUACUCCAAAAUUGGUGGUACCUGAAGGGAUAAAAGUUUCAAGCCCCAAUCCAGCUAGAUUGAUUAUAGAAGGCAUAGAUAAACAAAAAGUGAAGUUGUUUGCUUCUUUAAUCAGAGAGUUUAAAAAACCAGAACCAUAUAAAGGUAAAGGUAUAUUUGUUGAUGGCGAGACUGUGGUUUUGAAGGAAAGAAAGAUCAAAUAG